AGUUGGUGACAUUGCUGGAAUGGUGGUCAGGCACUACUUGUACCCUCCAUAUGGAUCAACAAGCAAAGCACAAGCUUGGGGAGGAGAAUGCCAUCGUCAUCCUUAAUCACAACUUUGAAAUCGACUUUGUCUGUGGUUUAAGCUGUUGUGAUAAAUUUGGGGUUCUGGGGAGUUCCAAAGUCUUUGCCAAGAAAGAACUUUCCUACCUGCCGAUCAUUGGCUGGAUGUGGUACUUCCUAGAGAUGGUGUUCUGCAAGCGAAAAUGGGAGGAGGAUCGGGUAACUGUCAUGCGCAGCCUGCUCAACCUCCGAGAUUAUCCUGAACUCUUCUGGUUUUUGAUUCACUGUGAAGGGACAAGAUUUACUGAGCAAAAACAUGAAAUCAGCAUGCAGGUGGCUGAAGCUAAAGGCUUGCCAAAGCUCAAACAUCACCUCCUCCCGCGAACCAAAGGAUUUGCAAUCACCGUCCAAUGUUUGAGAAAUGUAGUUUCAGCUGUAUAUGAUACUACACUGAACUUCAGAAAUAAUGAAAAUCCAACACUGCUUGGAAUUUUACAUGGGAAGAAAUACCAUGCAGAUUUUUACGUAAGGCGGAUUCCAUUAGAGGAGGUUCCGGAAGGCUACCAGGAGUGUUCGGACUGGCUUUACAAACUCUAUCAAGAAAGGGAUGUCUUCCAAGAAGAAUACUACAAGACAGGAAACUAUCCAGGGAUCCCCAUUGUGCUUCCUCGGCGGCUAUGGCCUCUCUUGAAUGGGAUUUUCUGGGCCUUGUUGCUACUCUAUCCUUUAUUCAAGCUGCUCAUCAACAUGAUUAGCAGUGGCUCAUACCUGACACUUGCCACUGUAGCCUCUGUCUUGGUUGCAGUUUCAGUUGGUGUUCGAUGGAUGAUAGGACUAACAGAAAUUAACAAAGGCUCCACUUACGGCAACUAUAAACACAAGGAGAAGCAAAAGUGAAAUCUCCAGAGACUGCUUCAUACCCAAAAGUAACAAGCUUGUGAACUGCUGUGCACAUCUGUCUUCAAUCAUGAAGACCCAGAAUCUGUUAUAAAGAGCUCAUGCCUUCCCUGAAGUCACAUCUCUUCUCUAUCCAUCUCCUUCCCUGCUCCAGCUGGCAACAAGAGUCAAUAUUCUGCAAUUUACUUUACUUUUUUCUAUACUUUUUUUAACUCAGAUUUUCCAAAGAAACUGUUCUUUUUUUUUUUUAAUUAAGGAAGGGAAAAUAUGCAGACAUAGUAUAGGAAGGAAGCAAAUGAAUGAAUGAAUGUUCUUUUUUUCUGAAUGAACCUUUAAUGGAUUAAAAUAUGAAAUAAAAUUUACUUUCCUAUAAGAUGCAAAAAUGAGUAAUUUAUAUAUUUAACUAACAAAAAUAAGAACUAUUUUACUUUGUUCUUUUUAGUCUGGUGGCUUAUUUCCCAAUUGUGACCAAUAAGCUGCCUCUGGAAAGCCCAGAUACUUGUUAUGAAAUCUGUAUUCCAAAUGCAUUUUAAUUUGUUUAGUUUCACUUCUAUAAUCUCUUUAUUUUUGUGGAAGUAAUUGUUUUAACCAAUGAGUGAUUCUUGAGUAGUAUUUUCACUGAGUUACUUAGCACUAUCCAAAUAUUUAUCCUCUGGCCAGCCUGAUAAAAAUAAGACAACUUUCCUCCUAACAUUUGUUUUCAGUUUGCCAAGACACUUGUAUUACCAGUUUGUUUUCAAUUCACUUCAGAGAGUGAAGUGAAUGUACUUCUCUUUUAUUUUGCAAUCCCAUUUUUUAAAUUUGCAUUUGUUUAAUUCCUUUGCACACUUGGCUCCAAGUAUUCAUUCUCAAUCCUUUAUUAUAUUUGGAAAGUUUCUACAUCUCCUCACAAUUCCAUAUCCUAAAGAAAUCUAUUUCUUGCAUUCUACUACAAAAAACAAUUUUACUUUUUUUGCUUGUUCUUUAAUCAUUAUGAAUCUGUAAGAGACUGCCUCUUUAAUACCAAUUUUGUAGUGAAGGUAAAGCUGUUUGAAAGUCCAUUUAUAUC